AUGGCAUUGGAAAAGUAUAAACAAAAUCAUGGUUCCAACUUUCCUCACGUUCGCGCGUGGAUGGUUCUAAAAAACGACCCAAAAUGGGCGCCCAUUCCUAACGAGGUGGCGAUGGCGAAACGCCAAAAAACAUCGGAAACAGGUAGUUUAAGCGCCGGUGGAUCGGACGCGAGGUGUCACAUUAACUUAAAUGAUGACGCCGACUAUGACGAAUACGAGUAUAACGUACGUGAACACGAGCGUCCACCGGGCCGAGACAAAACAAAGAAGGAUCAGGCCAAGGGAAAAGGAAAGGAAAAGGUGGACCCGAACAUGGUUGAGUUUAUGGAACACCUAAAAGUGUACAACGACAUAUCGGCCCAAAAGACGAAGGCGAAGGAGCGGGCCGUCGAAGAAAAAAGUCGUGCAUCGGACGAGAAGUUAAAAGAAAAGGUCCGAUUGUCGAAUGAGAAAAUCCGAAUCUCCGAUGAAAAAAUUCGGCUUAAGGAAUGGGAAAUAAUGAUGAUGAAUGUCGAUAACGAACCCGAGCCGAAACGUUCGAUGUUGAAAAAACUACAAAACGACAUCAUGAAAAAGCAUCAAAUUAUUUAA